UCGACGACAACAAUGUAAACUAUCGCUAUCGCAUCUCUUGCCCCUUCAUUUGCAGCUUCAAACCUAGAUUUCUACGCACUUGCCAACAUUCUAAACAUUUUUGGGGGCCUUUUUGGGGUUCAUCAUGGCUGCUGUUGUAAAACACGUUGACGACCUAGACACACUGAAUGAAGACGAACUCGAAGAACUGUACUCAUGGGUGGAUAAAAUACCGUUAUCCAGGCCGAAAAGAAACAUAAACAGAGAUUUUUCUGACGGAGUUCUGGCUGCGGAAGUGGUCAAACACUAUCUGCCCAAAAUGAUCGACAUCCACAACUACACCUCGGCCAGCUCCACACCGCAAAAGAUGCAGAACUGGCACUUGUUGAACAG